GGACAGCCGUUGACCAUUCCCAACGUAACAGUCACACCAACCCCCGCUCUCCGACUCCCUCUAAAAGCAGAACCAACUGUCUAGGUUUUUUUAUUUUUUUUUAACCCUCAAACUGAAAUAUUAGGAAAACCAAAUUGAAAUUAGAGAAUGGAGGGAUUGGUUUCCUCAAGAGCAACUCCUAGAAUUUCAAUUCAACCAGUACCUUCCCUCACUCCCUUCUCAAUCAGACGGUCGUUCUCAGCGACUGCAAUGAGGCGAAAUGCUUCCUCUUUUACUCCCAUUCGAGCUCAACAGUCGGAUGUUAAGGAUGGGUUGGCUGUCGUUGCUUCUGAAAGAGAGGAUGAAGCAAAUGCCCUCAAAGUCAAGGAGUGGGAAGUGGGGAUGUUCCAGGAUGAAAUAGCUGCUAGCCAGGGUAUAAGGAUAAGGAGGAGGCCGCCAACGGGGCCUCCUUUGCACUAUGUGGGACCUUUUGAAUUUCGGUUGCAAAAUGAAGGCAACACACCUCGUAAUAUUUUAGAGGAGAUUGUCUGGAACAAGGAUACGGAAGUUUCACAAAUGAAGGAGAGAAGACCUCUUGCUGCAUUGAAAAAGGCUCUUCAAAGUUCUCUUCCGACUAGAGAUUUCAUUGGAGCCCUUAGAGCUGCCCAUCAACGAACUGGGCUGCCUGGUUUGAUUGCUGAAGUGAAGAAGGCUUCUCCAAGCAGAGGAAUCCUAAGAGAGGAUUUUGAUCCAGUUCAAAUUGCCCAAGCUUAUGAGAAAGGUGGAGCGGCAUGUCUCAGUGUUUUGACAGACCAGAAGUAUUUUAAGGGAAGCUAUGAAUACUUGGAGGCAAUAAGAAAUGCUGGAGUAGAGUGUCCUCUUCUGUGCAAAGAAUUCAUCAUAGAUGCAUGGCAGAUCUAUUAUGCACGAACUAAAGGUGCAGAUGCAGUACUGUUAAUCGCUGCUGUUUUGCCCGAUCUUGACAUCAAAUACAUGACUAAGAUCUGCAAGAUGCUUGGUCUGGCUGCCCUUGUGGAGGUGCAUGAUGAGAGGGAAAUGGAUCGUGUUCUUGGAAUAGAUGGAAUUGAGCUUAUUGGUAUCAACAAUAGAAAUCUUGAGACAUUUGAGGUUGAUAUUAGUAACACAAAGAGGGUUCUUGAAGGAGAGCGCGGUCAAAUGAUCCGUGAAAAAGGCAUAAUUGUGGUUGGAGAAUCUGGAUUGUUUACUCCUGAAGAUAUCACAUAUGUACAAGAAGCUGGUGUUAAAGCGGUUUUGGUCGGGGAAUCAAUUGUAAGACAAAAUGACCCUGGGAAGGGAAUAAGUGGACUCUUUGGUAAAGACAUUUCAGUAUGAGCCUCUUCCUGUUAGAUUAUACAGGUCCUUUUGUUCAACUUAGGUGUGGUUCCUUCAUGGCCAAAUGUUUUUGUACCCUGCUCUGUUUACCUCAUAGUUUUUAAUAUUUGAAAGAUGUAUUAAAAUAAGUGAUCAUGUUUUUCUCUCAGAAA